AUGAAGGACGAUGAGAAUUUCUCUUGUGGGAGUGCUAGCGGAAAAACUGGUGUCUCAGAACGAAUAAUAAAGAAUCUUAAUGCACCAUGGGUAGUUCUUUUAAGCAUGGAUUCAUUUUAUAAGCCGUUGACUCCAGAACAAAAAACUGCCGCAUAUAACAAUGACUAUAAUUUCGAUCAUCCGAACUCAUUUGAUUAUAAUCUGUUAUUGGAAACACUACAGAAUUUAAAAGAAGGGAGAAGAGUUGAAAUACCAUUGUAUGAUUUCGUAACACAUUCUCGCCUUCCGGCAACUGCAACAAUAUAUGGUGCAAACGUGAUUAUUUUCGAGGGAAUUUUCGCAUUAUAUGACAAGCAAAUAAUGGAUCUGAUGGAACUAAAGAUUUUUGUCGACACAGACCCAGAUAUUAGACUCGCUCGUAGAUUAAAGCGAGAUAUCAGUGAACGAGGUCGUGAUUUACAUGGUGUUUUGCAGCAAUAUGCCCGAUUCGUGAAACCAUCUUAUGAUGAUUUUAUUCAUCCUACUCUGAAAAAUGCAGAUGUGAUAAUCCCACGAGGCCUCGAAAACAUUGUCGCGAUUGAUCUCAUAACAAAGCACAUUCAGCGACAACUACAUGAACGAAGACUUAGUUUUCGAUGGGAGCUAGCGAAAAUUGAGUGUAACGGCGAGGUGCCCGCAAAUGUUAUUGUGCUUAAAGAGACUCCGCAGUUAAAGGGCAUCCACACGAUAAUUCGUGAUUGUGCAACACAACGAGAUGAUUUUAUAUUUUAUGCUGAGAGAUUGGCUACUUUGGUGGUUGAACGUGGGUUAGAAGAAUUUCCUUUUAAAGACGUAGAAAUCACGACUCCAGUGAACGUAAAUUAUUUGGGGAAACAACUUGAUGCGCAGCUUUGUGGAGUUUCUAUUUUACGUGCUGGCGCAACAAUGGAAAAUGGUCUUCGACGCGUUCAUAAAGACGUGUUAAUCGGGAAGAUUCUUAUUCAAUCUAAUCCGCAUACUGGAGAACCACAGCUUCAUUUCCUGAAGCUACCAAGUAACAUAAAUCAGUGUUAUGUUCUUUUAAUGGAUGCACAAAUAGCUACCGGAGCCGCCGGUUUAAUGGCGAUUCGUGUCCUAUUGGAUCAUAACGUACCAGAGGAACGAAUCAUUUUUCUGACAUUCCUUGCAACACCUCAAGGACUCCACGCGAUUGCUAACGCUUUUCCAAGAGUAAAAGUGUGCACCUCAAUGGUCGACUUAAAGAUUAAUGAGAGUACUUUGUAUAUUGAACCCGGGAUGGGAAAUUUUGGAGAUCGAUAUUUUGGCACAGAUUCUUGA